GCUGUAACCAAAACGAGUGGCCCUCGGACAAGCUCUUCUUAUUUCGGAAUUGAAGAGAACAAACAACCUCUAUCUACUCUGUUCCACCAAGUCGAAGCGGCGUUAGUAGCUAGAAGGAGAUUGGCUUUAGCUUUUGACGGUGGAAGCAAUUGAAGUUGUGGAUGCGGAAGCAACGAUGAAAUUGGCGGCGACUGAUGGGUGCUAGAAGGAGAUUUCAGCGAUAAAAAAUUAAAAACGCCUGGUGAUAGAAGAAGCAGGGCAGUGGAGAAGCGUCGCCGAUGCGGCGAUGGUCGGAAGGCAGGCUGUUGUGGAUCAGCCCGCCGACUCCUCCCCCGAGGGUUUUGGAUUUGGAUCUUCUUCAGGUGAACUGGAUCUGAACCCUGGCUACUCCGAGGGCUCCUUCGGCUCGAUCCACGCCAAGAACGGCAACGGCAAUGGCUACGACGACGCUGACCUUCACUUUCGAUGGUCCCGUGCUGCCUCGGCCGACUGAGAUACGGGAGGAAGGUGCUGCUCUUCUCGAGUGGUGGCGGAGAUGGAUUAAAUAGAUUUUAUUUUUAUUUUAUUUUUACUUUAAAUUAUCAUAUAACCCUUAAUGAAUCAUGUUGUUACAGUAACAACAAAGGAGCUGUUGUUAUACUAUCCGCUCCCUUGCAAGAGUAAGCCUAUUUCCUGAAGAAUGCAUGGCGAACUCUUUUUUCUCACAUUAAUUUUAUUAAGGUGGACAAAUGAUAACCCUUGGAAAAGCUUUAGAUGCUCGCAUUGAAAGUGAAUUCAAUAAUCUUGCAGAUCUGGUAAUGAAUUGAAAGAAUCAGA